CGAAGGUUCUUCCUGCAGGUGCGGCUGCGGGGCGCCGGAGGCCGCCAGGGGCAUCAGAGGCAGGGCGCUGCCCAGCUUGACAGCGCGGGAGCCGGGAGCAUGGCUUUACACCUGGGCAGGCUGAGCGCAGGCCCGUGCUGGCGCGCGGCGUGGGGCGGCUGCGGAGGGCAGCGUGCUUGGUCCCAGCGCUGCGCGGCCAGGCACAUCUGCCGGCCGCCUGGCACGGCUGGCACCGAGCAGAGGGCGAGAGGCGGCUACUGGCUGGGCACCGGGCUGGCCGCAGCACUGGCUGGGUUGGCCGGGCUGGCCGCCGCCACUUUCGGGCACAUGCAGCGGGCGGAGAUGGUGGCCAAGAGCUCCGGAACUCGGAGUCUUUCGCAGGGGAAACCCGAGGAGGAGGACGAGCUGGCCCGCCGCUGCAGCUUCUUCAUGGCAGCGCCAGUGACUGAUCUGGGCGAGCUGCGAAGGAGGCCGGGUGACAUGAAGACUAGGAUGGAGCUCCUGAUUCUGGAGACUCAGGCCCAGGUGUGCCAGGCGCUGGCACAGGUAGAUGGGGAGGCCACCUUCACUGUGGACCGGUGGGAGAGGAAGGAAGGAGGUGGUGGCAUCAGCUGUGUACUUCAAGAUGGACGUGUUUUUGAAAAGGCUGGGGUGAGCAUUUCUGUCGUUCAUGGAAAUCUUUCUGAGGAAGCAGCAAAACAAAUGAGAAGCCGAGGAAAAAUUCUGAAGACUAAAGAUGGUAAAUUGCCGUUUUAUGCCAUGGGCGUGAGCUCUGUUAUCCACCCCAAGAAUCCUCAUGCUCCUACUGUCCAUUUCAACUACAGAUACUUUGAAGUAGAAGAAGCAGAUGGUAACAAGCAGUGGUGGUUUGGUGGUGGAUGUGACCUCACUCCAACGUACUUGAACCAAGAGGACGCUGUCCAUUUUCACAGAACUCUAAAGGAGGCUUGUGACCAGCAUGGUCCAGAUCUCUAUCCCAAAUUUAAAAAAUGGUGUGAUGAUUACUUCCUUAUAGCCCAUCGUGGAGAGCGUAGGGGCAUUGGUGGUAUCUUUUUUGAUGACCUGGACUCUCCCUCCAAGGAGGACGUGUUUUGCUUUGUGCAGAGCUGUGCCCAGGCUAUAGUUCCUUCUUACAUUCCCCUGGUGAAAAAGCACUGUGAUGACGCAUUCACCCCCCAGGAGAAGCUGUGGCAGCAGCUCAGAAGAGGACGGUACGUAGAAUUUAAUCUGCUGUAUGAUCGGGGCACAAAGUUUGGCCUCUUCACCCCAGGAUCCAGGAUCGAAAGCAUCUUGAUGUCUUUACCUCUAACUGCCCGAUGGGAGUACAUGCAUUCACCCUCAGAGAAUUCUAAAGAAGCUGAAAUUCUGGAAGUUCUGCGCCACCCAAGGGACUGGGUGCACUGAUGCAGGCACAGCAGUCAUACUGGGGUUUGGAGGACACAGGGUAUGUGCCCCCCAUUCCAUUGGCCAGACUGUUGCCACCGAGUGGCAGUUAGUUACCUGUGCCUUGGCAGUGCCGUCUUCUCUUCUCUGGAUCCUACCUCUUGGUCAGAUGGUAAAAUGUUUGCAUGUUGUCGGUGAUGAUGAGCAGUGGGGUGGCAGAUUGUCAACACUGACUUAUACAAAGGUCGUUUAUACUUUUCAUAAUUAUAUUAUAUGAUUAUCAGUUUACAGAAUAUGACAUUGAGUUUCCAAGUACUGAAAUAAGGGAAUAUAAAUAGCAUUAUAUGUACCAGGAAACUCUUCAUCUUAUUUUUGUUCCAUGUAUUUUUUAAAGUUUGAGUUUCUACCACAAAAGUCAGUCAUGGCAAUGUUUCAUUCAAGUCAAGACUUCUUAGUAAUUUUGUAACACAACUGGAAAGUGAAAGUUUACUUUUUUUAUUGCUGAAGUAUCUUUCAUAUAAUCUUUAUAUAGCUUUCUCUAGAGAACAUAAUAUUGUAAAGUGAAAUUCAUUUUUAUAAUGGUAGGUAUUUAGGAGCACUUGAAAUUUUCUUAAAGUUUACAUGUGUUAUAAUUCAGUGAUUACCUGUAGGUAUUUACUCUGAAGUAACAUUACUGUUACUUAAAUAAGGGAUAUCUACGUGGUAAUUUUGAUGUUUGUGGAAUCAUGAUUGGUUAACGUUGGGAUUCUCUUCACCUUUUAAUGGGAAAGCUUAUAAGUAGGUAUCUCUGGGUUCUAUAUUUAAAGUCUCCAAUUCCGGACAUUUCUGCAUGGAAUUUUAGACUAAGAACAAUCUUAGGAAUAUUGCGAAUUUAGGAAAUCUUUCUCAUUUGGAAAAUGAGAAGCAAAAUAAUUUUCUUGUUUAAUUAAAGCAAAUUAGAAGCAUGUAGGCAUUUUAUACAUGUUAUUUCUUAGUGAAGUGGACUAUGUAAAAUUGUUCUUUUGAAUUAGAGAUUUUACAGUUCUUUGUUCUUAGGAGAAAAUCACAAUAGGAUUCUUAAUGUUUGACUUCUUUGUUCAUAUAAUAAUAUGACUGUGUUAUUUUAUUUGACUCAUAAUAUAUUGAAGUGUGUAGGGAAUAGUAUCAUACACAUUAAACAUUAUCCUGGAAUAUGUUGAAUGUAUGUGGUUGUGUGAGGCUCUUUUAAAGGCUGAAAAAUGUAUGAAUUCUUCAACUGUCUUAUAACAGAUCUGCCAAUAAAUUUUAUUAUGAAAUAAA